AUCCGUGAACGUGUACGCUCCUCGAUUCAUCGCAAAAUUUGUUUCAGCGCCCACUCGAACGAGAGGCUCUUCCUCAGAGACUUCGUCAACUGCGCUGCCGGCUCAAGUGGCGGUCGCCUGGCGCAGUGGCUGCAGCCGGGCAGCAGGGCGGAUCCGUCAAAGUCGCAGGUGCUCUACGCCCGAGAAGACCUCAGAUGCGGCUGGCCGGCUAUCAUCACCGUGCUCACGAGGGACCAGUACGGAGACAUGGUCCACGUGCCGAACAUGAAGAUCGACGUCAAGGCCGUGCCGUUCGACAAGAAGGACAUCGGCGACACCGGCAGGAAGAUGCGCAGGGUGAGUCAGCCGGACUUGCUGACGUUCGGCGGGUUACCACCACCGCCCCUGCACCACCCCUACGAGCCGACCGUCAAAGAAAAGAUGUGUUUUCAUUCGAUUACGGUGAUGAAGCCCUUCCAAAAUUACUCUUUCGAAGAACUUCGGUAUUCGUCCCCUCCCGUGAAGAGGUCUGGCGAAAAUAUGCUAGUUCGAUCCAACUCAGAUGGUUCUUACAGUGCCACUUGGACUCCAGCUUCAAUUGGUUGCUACUCCAUAAUGGUUAAUAUAGACGGCUACGAUAUGGAGGAGAUUUUCAAAGUCGAAGUGAAGGAACCCCCUCAAGGUAUGACGCCACCCAAUCAAAAUAUCGCCAAGAAAUCCGAGCACCAACCUAGUAAGUUACGGAAAUUCGUAGCGAAGAACUCAGCAGGUCUUAGGGUCAGGGCUCACCCUUCGUUGCAGAGCGAGCAAAUUGGAGUUGUACACGUUAAUGGCACCAUAGCUUUCAUCGACGAGAUACAUAAUGACGAUGGGGUUUGGCUGAGGCUAUCCGCGGAUACCAUCAAACAGUAUUGCAGCAUAAGUGUAAUAGAAGCUUGGUGUUUACAGUACAACCAACAUUUAGGCAAAACCCUUCUCCUGCCAGUGGAGGAACCUAAGACUAUCCUAGAUCAAGUCAUUAAUGAUACCAUUAUGCGGAAGCUGCCUGAAAUUCAAGAAAGAAACAAAUCCUCAACGUCCAGCAUAAACUACCAGGUAAUCAAAUGCGGAGCCUCUGGCCACAAUGUCCGAAGCAGGCCGAGUUUCAAAGCGCCCCCUGUGGGGAUGCUGGUCUUGGGUAACAGAAUAGGCGUCACGGAGUACACCGUGAAUUCAGACGGAUGCUGGGUCAUGCUGGACACGGCGACCAAAGACAAAUACUGCUUCAAUUCCGAUUCGGAGGCAUGGUCGCUGGCAAUCGGCCACAACAACGUCCUGUAUCUUGGCAACGUCAACGAAAGCGACGCUUGUCCGAAACUGUCCAGCGACGCAGAGGCUUCCAGGAAGCAGAAGAGAGGGUUCAACUUUUCCCUCAAGACAAACGAGGCGAAUUUUUCGUUUUCCGCUCAAAAUACGGCAGAUAAAGAAGAGGUUUUGUCGACGAAUCCAUUUAUUUUCGGAGAGAGUGCGCAGCCCGAGCUCGUGAGAACGCCGAAGAAGGAGAAAAAGGAAGGAAAGCUCAGCAGUCUCCCGAAGUGGUUCAAGGGAGAGGACACAAAGAAAAAUUUAUCUCCCAAGAUCAUGAGUAGGAGCUCAAGUCCAGUUGGUGUCCCAUACAGAACGGGUGUCCAGCAAGAUAGCACCAGUAGCAGCGCCCAAGUGUUCGGAUCUCCAAAGAGCAUGGCGGUCUCGCCGUUAGUGUGCGGAACUGGAUUCGAAUCAUCGGCUGCAAGAAGAGGGUCGAAUCAGUCGGACACUAGCGCGUUGGUAAGUAGCCUUACACGAGACACAUCACAGUCACCCAGCCAAGCCACCCAACCGAGAGAAACUUCACCUUGCCCUAGCAGUAGUUCCUUCCACACGAGAUCAGACUGUAGCCCACUUCAUAGGCAAUAUUCCAAGGAUUCCACUGAUUCGGAACAGAGUUCAAAAAAACUCACUCAAACCGGCACUCAGACCUCUCCAGAAAACAGCAACAAUGUACCGAUAAAAACCAACUUCUCUAUAGGGGCGAUGGGAAAAGAGGAAAAAGUCUCCCCGAAGAUGGCACGUAAGGAUCGAAAUAUCGCUAAGAUUAGACCGAAGAGGGCCAUUUCUCCCGCAAAUUUGCAGCAGUUACCGGCCAGUACGAAAAUCAGUUACGGUUCCGAGACCGUCAAGGAGGCCAUGAGCCCAUCGGUAGCCGAAUCUCUUCGGGCUGUGUUUGCAGCCUUCUUAUGGCAUGAAGGUAUCGUCCACGACGCAAUGGCGUGUGCAUCGUUUUUGAAAUUUCAUCCAACACUUCCUAAGCAAGGCGCCCCCGUCGUCACCCGUCAUCAAGAACCGCUUUUGGACAAGCGACACAGAGAGCUGAGUAAAGAAGAAAAAGCGCGGCAGCGACACUCAGUCGAGGUGAGCAACGCGGGGACUUACUUGCAUAUUCAGCCCUCCACCUUGGAAUCGCUUACUAGAUCUGCCGCUAACGCCAGUGCCAACAGAAACCGGAGGAAAAUGAACGAGGGCGUUAUAAAAGAAGAAGGAGAAAAGUUUUGUUCAACAGAUAGUUACGGAUAUCAAACGAUAUCGGUGCUACCGCCAGCAUUGAAAUCUCUAGUAUAUUUGUGGGAAGAGUUGACAGCGAACUGCUUGCAAGCUGUUUCUCAGCAAAUGACUGCAAACAGUCCAGUUCAUGCUAAAACCAAGAAAAGUGACAAGAACGAUAGUAGAGAAAAAAACACUCACCUCGAGAGGGAAAGUAGGAAAUGCAGAAAGAAAAAAAAUCCUCCUAGAAAUUACUUGGAGGAUUUAGGCAGUUUGCCCAAUUGCCUACAGUCCUCUGGUGUAGACACUCUCUGCGAACUAUGCGGCGACAAUUUUCCUCACCCAGUAACCUAUCACAUGCACCAAUCUCAUCCAGGCUGCGGCCAACAUGCCGGAGGUAAGGGGUAUAAUUCCGGAGGAAGCUAUUGUCUAGGAUGGGCCGGAAAUUGCGGAGAUGGUGGAACCCCUGGCAGUUCUUGGUAUUUGCUCUGUGAAAAUUGUCGUGAGAAGUACUUGAAAUCUAGUAAAGGCGGAAAACCGUCGAACAUUCGACACAAGACGGCUGUCAGCAGAAGACUCGCAACCGUGAAUACGUUAUCGUCACCAUCUGCGGGACUAGAACCUCACGUGAUAAUGAAGAAUAACGCGAUGUUCUUGUUGGAUCUAGCCAGCUCUGCCGAACCUACUAUAUCUCACCAGAGGACAUCAUCAGCCAGCAUAAUGCCGUCGGUUUCCGAAAACAUAUCCCCUCCCGAUUGCAUCAGCCCAUUCGGACCUCCUCCUUCUUUUCAGUGCCUGCAGUCUCUGGGGGCUAAUCAGGCUAUAGAUGAGCCUACAAGGAAACUUGGUAUCAAUAGGAAAGCAAUGUGUAGAGUCUAUGCAAUGCAAGCUCUGAACUGGUUGCUGAGGUCCGUUACACAGCCUAUUUGCUUGCACGACUUGUUGUGGUGGUUUGUUACGUCUUUAACACCAAUAGAAAUGGAGAAUGAACCAGAGGAAGACAACAGAUUACCAAAGAGAGACGAUGAACUGGAUUUGAACGUUUGCGAACAUCCCCUCUCCGACAUCACAAUAGCCGGAGAAGCCGUCCACCCUCUGCCAAGCACCUUUCACUCUCUCCUCCAAACCAUCGCCGACCUGAUGGUCCUCCUGCCCAUGGGCUCGGCCCUCCAACAGAUCGCCAUCCGUUGCUGGGGUAUACGUUUCACCUCGUCCGAUCACUCGUUCUUGCACCGGUCGCAAGUCUUCAGCAACAUCAGCAAAAUCCUGUCGAGGAGCGAGGAAAUGGAGGAUUUCACCGUUUCGAUGCACGAGAGCGCUCUGAAUCAGAUCACCGCCACCGUCGAAUGCCUGAAGGACUUGACUUCGACACUCGAAAUCAAAGCUUCGAGUCGUCAGGCUAUGGUAGGGAGCUUGACGGACAAUUCGACCGAAACUUUCUGGGAAUCCGGCGACGAGGAUAGGAAUAAGACGAAGAGCGUGACGAUGAUUUGUCCGCAAGGGCAUCAUCCUGUUUUGAUUUGUAUACACAUCGAUAAUUGCAGAGAUCUAGGGGUGAGAGAUGAUAACGAUAGAUAUACAAAAACGAAGCUUUAUCCAACCACAACGGUUGUCAGACUUGAACUCAAAGGACCAGAUAACUCGGUGCGUGUGAGACAAAUACGAGUACUGGGGAACAUAGAAGGGGAAUCCCUCAGAGUGGGAAAACAGUUCACCGCCAGUACACUCCAGCAGAAAUACUGCGAAGCGGAAACUCUGAGGGUGUUCAGACUCAUUACGUCACAGGUUUUCGGGAAACUGCUGCAAGGCGAAGAAGGGCAAAAUGCAAACGGCGCGGACACUCAUAGUGGAUCUGCCUCGAUGAGCGAUAGCCUGAACCCAAAUGAGGAAAGCAAUGAUUUGAGGGAGCAUGUUGUUGGUAUUCUGUUUAGUAGGAGUAAGCUGACGCAUUUGCAGAAACAGGUUAUUGUCCACAUAGUCCAAGCGAUAAGGAGAGAGACCGAGAGGGUGCACGUUGAAUGGGAAUCAAACCUUUGCAUUUCAUCAGUAUUCUCGAACCACAGCCAGGACGGAGUCAAAUACUCGGAUACUUACUGUUUCGAAAUGUUAUCCAUGGUCCUAGCCCUCUCAGGCAGUUCGGUCGGACGAGCAUAUCUGUCGCAACAAUGUGCACUUAUUGGAGACAUUUUGACAUUAUUACACACAGGGACUGCCAGAGUACAGAGGCAGGUGACGUCGCUGUUGAGAAGGAUAUUGCCGGAAAUAACCCCAGAGGCCUUUGGAAGGGUCAUAGGCGUUAAGAAACUACCUGCCAGAGAUUUCAGUAUCGUGUCAGCUGCCAACAAAGAUGCAACAUCGGGAAAUUUCGACGUUAAUCAACUCGGAAUUCUGGACGUCUUCCUCAGCGUGAUAGCAAAGUCGUUAACGUUACAAGUAAAAGUUAGAGGUAAAUCGGGCAAUGGGAGUAUGCCAAAAGAAAUGAAUACUGUCACACUAGCCACAUCGAUACAGCCGGAAGACGUACUAGGAGCAAGGUGGUGGCUCAGAGGCUCGGCCAGCAAAAAGCUCGCUGAGGUCAUUGUCAAUCUGAUAAAAGAUAUGGCAGCUGUGAGUGCGAUAGCAGAAAACAUACUACACCUGACCUAUCUUUCUGAAGAUCUGAGAUUACCAACGAACUGUCUGAGAACUCCGACGUUGUGGCUUGCUUUGGCUUCACUGUGUGUCUUGGAUGAGGAUCAUGUCGAAAGACUGUCGUCAGGUCAAUGGAGCCAACCAGAGGGUCAGCCAAUGCCCCCGAGACCAACGUGUGGUAACCAUGAUGACGGAGAAACUGUCGCUGUUGUGCAGUGCAGUCACUGUGGAAACUUGUGCGCUGAUUGUGAUAGGUACCUCCACUUGCAUAGAAAAACGAGGAAUCAUCAGAGACAGGUUUGUAAAGAGGAAGAAGAAGCCAUCAAAGUAGAGUUGCACGAAGGUUGCGGCAGAACGAAACUAUUCUGGCUACUGGCUCUCGCGGACCCGAGGACUUUGAAAGCUCUGAUAGAAUUUAGAGAAGGCGGCACACGCACCAAAUGUGUUGGUAUGAGCGGCAUCUGCAGAUUCUGCGGUACCACCGGUAAUUCCGGGUUGUUGGCUAUCGGAAAUAUUUGUGCAGAUCACGAAUGCCAGUGUGUUCACAUUAUAGGUUGUUCAGGCGAUACUACUCUCAGACAAGAUUCAGAUGACAUGUGCAUGAUUUGCUUUACAGAAGCCCUUUCUUGUGCGCCUGCGAUUCAGCUGGGAUGCGGGCAUGUUUUUCAUUUGCACUGCUGUAAAGCAGUGUUGAUGAAGCGUUGGGCAGGACCGAGAAUCACUUUUUCUUUCAUACAGUGCCCAAUUUGCAAGGAGGAAAUCAAACACGAAACGUUGACUGAUAUAUUAUCACCUGUCCAAGAACUGUACAAAGAUGUGAGACGGAAAGCUUUGAUGAGGUUAGAAUAUGAAGGCCUCCAUACUGCUGAAGCUGUAAUGAUACAAGGAGCACGAUUUUUCAAUGAUCCAGGAUCAUAUGCGAUGGACAGAUAUGCGUAUUAUGUUUGUUACAAGUGCAAAAAGGCAUAUUAUGGUGGUGAAGCAAGAUGCGAUGUGGAAAUGGGCGAAAAUUAUGAUCCGAAAGAGUUGGUUUGUGGAGCUUGUUCAGACGUCGCUAGAGCUCAGAUGUGCCCCAAACACGGUACCGACUUCCUGGAAUAUAAAUGUCGAUAUUGCUGUUCCGUCGCUGUUUUCUUUUGUUUUGGAACAACUCACUUCUGUAACCCUUGCCACGACGAUUUCCAAAGGGUCACCAACCUACCCAAAAACGAGCUUCCUUCUUGCCCAGCAGGUCCAAGAGCCAAACAGCUAGAAGGCGAUGAGUGUCCCCUACAUGUUAAGCAUCCUCCAACUGGUGAGGAAUUUGCUUUGGGCUGUGGAGUAUGCAGAAAUGCUCAUACUUUUUAAUAGUUUCCUAUUUUAUUUCAAUAGACUGCAAUAUAUGCGAAUUCAUUUAUAACUUUGCACUAUAUUGAUACAAUAUUAAAUUUAUGUAUCUAUAUAUUUGAAGUAAAUAAGUUUCUCAAUA